AUCUCUCCCUCCCUCUCUUUCACACGUCCUCGACAUAAAGGAGGCAGCUGAGAGACGACGAGCAGGAUGGAGGAGGAGGCUCCGUCCCGGCCCUCGGUGGCUGAACUUGCAGGCAGAUUCAAAGGCUCGACUCGUCCACACGAUGCUGCUGGGAAUGAAGCGGAGAAGCCAGUCAGACGACGACCUCCUCGCUCUUUACAGCUCAACAAAACCCCCGGAGACGACCAGGAGCAGCCUCCAGGCGUCACCUCUUCUCUACCUGCCAAAGCCAAGAGGAACUCUGCUCUGAUCGAGAAGCUCCAGGCCAACCUGGCUCUCUCUCCCACUGGCUUGCUGCCGUCUCCGAUGAGCCCCGGCUUCAGGCUGCUGCCUUACGCCUUCACCCCCCUCCCCCAGCUCCGCCCCUGUUUUCGGGUGUUUUUCGUCCACGCCGCCGCCCACCAGCCCGGUCACUGCCUCGCCAUGGACUGAGGAGGAAAGCCCCGCCUCCUUUGAAGCUCCUCCCACCGUGGCAGAGGGAUCCAUCCUGUCGAACUCCAACAUCAAGGGCCGAGCUCGCCACUCCAUCAAGCGUCGCCCUCCGUCCCGCCGCAACAGGAAGUCCAGCAGUGGAGAGGAGGUCGGCGCCGCCACCGAGGGAGAGGAAGCGUCUCUGAGCUCCUCGACUGAACCAGAAGAUAAAACAACAGGAGGAGGAGGAGGAGGAGGAGGAGGAGGAGGAGGAGGAGGAGGAGAUCAAACAGAUGACGUGAAAGAGGACAAAACGGACACUUCGACUGUGAAAAACAAGUCCCACGAAGAAGACGAGUCAAAGACCAGCGUGGAGACCAGAGGAGAAGACGAGAAGGAGGAGGGAUCAAAGGGAGGAGAGAAGGAAGAAGGAUCUUCAUCAGGAGAGAAGGAGGAGGAGAAGGAGGAGGAGAGGAGGAGGAGGAGGAGGAGGAGGAGGAGGAGGAAACCACUGGAGAAAAACUGAAAGAAGAUUCACCUGAAGGAGAGACAAACACAGACAGCAAAGAAGAGGAAAAGAGCGAGGAGACGAGUGAGAGUUCAGCCCGAUGAGCCCCUGGGAGGCUGGGAGGGAAACCCUGCAGCAGCGAGGCCUGAAGGAGUCUGGACACCACGAAGGCGAAUAUUUAUGGAACUCUUUCACCGCGGUUUCUGUUAUCUCUGUGGUGACCACUGACUGUGUCUUGUAUCACUGAUGAUGUUUGGGAAUUUAACUGAAGCUUUCCAAAAAAAAAAGUCCUGAAAACGAUUGAUUUGUUUUUACUAAUCCUCGACUCAAAGCUUUUUUUUACACUGCAACGCUGGAUUUGUUCCUUUUUAUAUAAUGUGAUUUAAUUGUUUGCAUCAAUAUCUUUGGUGCUUCUAGAGCUGUGACUGAUGAUGAGGAUGAGGAUGAUGAGGAGGAUGAGGAUGGUGAGAAUGAGGAUGAUGAGGAUGAUGAGGAUGAUGAUGAUGAGGAUGGUGAGAAUGAGGAUGAUGAGGAUGAGGAUGGUGAGGAUGAUGAGGACGAGGAUGAUGAGGAUGAUGAGGACGAGGAUGAUGAGGAUGAUGUUGAGGAUGAUGAGGACGAGGAUGAUGAGGAUGAUGAGGAUGAUGAGGAUGAUGAGGACGAGGAUGAUGAGGAUGAUGAGGACGAGGAUGAUGAGGAUGAUGAGGACGAGGAUGAUGAGGAUUAUGAGGAUGGUGAGAAUGAGGAUGAUGAGGAUGAUGAGGAUGAUGAGGAUGAUGUUGAGGAUGAUGAGGACGAGGAUGAUGAGGAUGAUGAGGAUGAGUGCCUUUUGGAGUCUGUUUAUUUUGAGCUGUGCAACAAAAUGUAAAGUGUCAAAAUAAGAUACACGCUUGUCUUGAGAUCAUUGUUUGUUUGUGUUAACGCCGUCAGAGAGAAAACCUGAAGCCUUCAUUCCAAACAUUCAUAAAAAACCACCAUGGAGGUUUUAUUCUUUUAAAACCGUACAGAGACACAUUAACUCUAAAUUAUGUAGUAAAGAUUUAAAACUGGAGACGUCACAUUGUGCCUUUAAGUUUGAAAAUUGAUAUUAAAAUGCAUAUUUUUGCUACAUC